UUGAAAUUCUCGUUGAAGGACCUGGAUAAGACCCAGACGGGGAUCAUGCGUCACCACACGAGCAUCAGUGAGCUGAAGAGGAGCUUCAUGGAGUCGGUGCCAGAGCCGCGGCCCAGUGAGUGGGACAAGCGUCUGUCCACCAGCGGCCAGCUGCAGCCAGCGUCUCCUGUGCUGAAGACCCAGACCAUCACCAUCUCAGACGUCACCAACUCCCUGAGAGGAAGUGUGGCCAACAAGGACGUCCCAUCAGUUCACACUGCGACCAAGACCAUCACAUACGAGUCAGCUCAGACCGUGGACGGCCUGGCAGAACGGGAUGUCGGAGUUCUGCUGAGCGCCCAGACCAUCACUUCAGAGACCACCAGCACCACCACCACCACCCAGAUCACCAAGACGGUGAAAGGAGGCGUCUCUGAGACCCGCAUUGAGAAGAGAAUCGUCAUCACUGGAGACACUGAAAUUGAUCACGACAAGGCUUUGGCUCAGGCCAUCAAAGAGGCCAAAGAGCAGCACCCAGACAUGUCUGUUACCAAAGUGGUGGUCCACCAGGAGACGGAGAUCAGCCCAGAGUGAGACAGGUGAGUGUGACUGAACCCUCUACAGGUAGUGAAGGUUGCUGCUCUGCUCGAGGCCUGAAGCAGGAGGAAGAUCACCAGACUUUAAUUAUCAGAGAUUAAGUUCCUCUCUUCUUUGGAACAAAGGCAGAGUUGAAAUGCUUUCACUGCAAGGCGAGGUACGAGCGUGGUGUUUGGAGCCUCUAUCAACUCCCCUCUAUUCACUUCAUCAAACACAUACUUGUAAUCUGAGUCCCACACCAGUAAAGGGAGGACGUCCUCUCUUUGGGUUGUUACUAAUCAACAACCAGAACACAAUGGUCAUUUCCAAAUGUCAUCUUCAAUUCUCUAACACUGGAUUGUACUACAUAAAAUGGAGGG